GGGGGGCACGCACGCACGCGCUUGUGUGUUUUUAAUCCGCGUAUGCGUUUGUGUGCGCCGUGGUUCGCGCACGCAGCGGCAGCAACAGUCAUCUGCAAAUGAACUGAAGCAUCCGGAGCGAACUGCGCAAAGAUGCAGCGCACGUAGACGCUGCACGCGGACGCGCCGCCUCACCUCCACGCUCAUAUCAUAUUCAAUACAAUGCUGAAUGUCUUUUGUGUGCGCGUUAGUUUUGAAAUGGCCGUGUUUAAGCGGAGGUGAGCGGCUCCGUUGCUCGGUGGAGUGCGCACUUAUUUUCCUCCGCUCGCUGGUUUGCUACAGAGUGAGCAGCCAAGGCUGAUAAAUCCGCUUUUUUUGUUCUUUUUUCUGCAUGAGGAACCAUGACGACGGGACAGGACGAAAGCUCAGUCCGCGUGGCACUGAGGAUUCGUCCUCAGUUGGCCAGGGAGAGGAUCGAAGGAUGUCACAUCUGUACAUGUGUGAUGCCCGGGGAGCCUCAGGUGAUCCUCGGGAAAGACAAGUCCUUCACCUACGACUAUGUGUUCGACAUGGACUCCCAGCAGGACGCCAUCUACAGCACAUGCACCGAGAAGCUGAUUGAAGGCUGCUUCGAAGGCUACAACGCCACUGUGUUUGCAUAUGGACAGACGGGUUCAGGGAAGACCUACACUAUGGGGACGGGCUUUGAUGUCAACAUUGCAGAGGAAGAACUGGGCAUCGUCCCCCGCGCCGUCCAUCACCUUUUUAAAAGCAUUGAGCAACGGCGCCAGGCCGCCCAGGAGCAGGGACGCCCCAUGCCGGAGUUUAAGAUCAACGCCCAGUUCCUUGAGCUUUAUAAUGAGGAAGUUCUGGACCUGUUUGACUCCACACGAGACAUGAAGCAAAAAUCUCACAUUAAGAUCCACGAAGAUGCCACGGGAGGAAUCUACACAGUUGGUGUGACCACACGGACCGUGUCCUCAGAGGCUGAGAUGAUGCAGUGCCUGAAACUGGGCGCUCUGUCUCGCACCACAGCCAGCACCCAGAUGAACGUCCAGAGCUCUCGAUCACACGCCAUCUUCACCAUCCACCUGUGCCAAGUCCGCGUUUGUGCCUCUGACAAUCAAGAAAACGAGACUGAUAACAGAGUCUCCAACGGAAAUUCUGAGAUGGACGAGUAUGAGACGCUGACAGCCAAAUUUCACUUUGUUGACCUGGCCGGUUCUGAGAGGCUGAAAAGAACUGGAGCGACAGGCGAUCGAGCCAAAGAGGGCAUCUCCAUCAACUGUGGACUGCUUGCUCUGGGGAAUGUAAUCAGUGCUUUGGGUGACCGGAGCAGGCGGUCAUCACAUGUGCCUUACAGAGACUCCAAACUGACCCGGCUUCUGCAGGACUCAUUAGGAGGAAACAGCCAAACAGUGAUGAUAGCAUGUAUCAGCCCAUCUGAUCGUGACUUCAUGGAGACGCUGAGCACAUUGAAAUAUGCCAACCGAGCUCGCAACAUCAAGAACAAGGUCAUGGUGAACCAGGACAAGGCCAGCCAGCAGAUCAGCGCUCUGAGGACGGAAAUAGCUCGACUGCAGAUGGAGCUGAUGGAGUACAAGGCGGGUAAACGCAUGGUGGGCGAGGACGGUGUGGAGAGCUUCAGUGACAUGUUCCAUGAGAACACCAUGCUGCACACAGAGAAUAGCAACCUGAGGGUGAGGGUGAAGGCCAUGCAGGAGACCAUCGAUGCUCAGAGGGCACGGCUCACUCAGUUGCUUAGUGACCAAGCCAACCAAGUCCUCGCCAGAGCGGGGGAAGGAGGAACAGAGGAGAUUGGAAACAUGAUUCAGAGCUACAUCAAAGAGAUUGAAGACCUCAGAGCCAAACUCCUGGAGAGUGAAGCUGUGAAUGAAAAUCUGAGGAAGAAUCUGUCUCGUGCCUCCAACCGUCAGUCACUCUAUGGAGGGUCUGGCUCCUUUUCCUCCUCACUGCUGGCUCCUGAGAAGGAGACGUCUGACAUCAUUGAACUGGCCAAGAAAGACUUGGAGAAACUGAAGAAACGAGAGAAAAAGAAAAAGAAGAGACUCCAGCAGCUCUUGGAAGAGAGAGAGAUGGAGGAAAGGGAGGAGGUGGUGGAAGAGGUUGAGGAUGCCAGUGUCAACAAGGAAGAAAUUCCCGACAACGAGCAAGAAAAGGGCAUUGAGAAGGAGAUGACGGAGCGAGUCAGUGCUGACGCAGAGAUGGAAAUCCAGGAGGCCAGCGAUCAUGAGGAAGGAGAGGAGGAGGAAGAGGAGGAAGAGGAGGAGAUGGAUGUGGAAGAGAGCUCUGAUGAUUCUGACUCGGAGUCAGACGAAAAAGAGAACUUCCAAGCAGAUCUGGCCAACAUCACCUGUGAGAUUGCCAUCAAGCAGAAGCUGAUUGAUGAGCUGGAAAACAGCCAGCGGCGUCUCCACACACUCAAACAGCAGUAUGAACAGAAGCUGAUGAUGCUGCAGUGCAAGAUCAGGGACACCCAGCUGGAGAGGGACCGAGUCCUCCAGAACAUGAAUUCAGUAGAAACUGGCACAGAAGACAAGACUCGCAAAAUCAAGGUUGAAUAUGAGAAGAAGCUGAGUGUCAUGAACAAGGAGCUUCAUAAGCUCCAGUCUGCUCAGAAGGAACAUGCCCGUCUGCUGAAGAACCAAUCACAGUACGAGAAGCAGCUGAAGAAGCUUCAGAUGGAUGUGGCAGAAAUGAAGAAGACAAAGGUCCGUCUCAUGAAGCAGAUGAAGGAGCAACAGGAAAAGAACAGGAUGAACGAAUCUCGCAGAAACCGUGAAAUUGCUACCUUGAAGAAAGACCAACGCAAGCAAGAGCAUCAACUGAAGUUACUGGAGGCUCAGAAGAGACAGCAGGAGCUCAUUCUGAGGAGAAAGACUGAGGAGGUGACAGCUCUGAGGAGGCAGGCCAGGCCCACCUCUGGUAAAGUCAUCAGGAAAGUCAGUCUCCCAGAACCAGCAGCACAGGACUCGGCCCACAGACCCCCGUCUGGCCGCAUGUACUCCUCUGGCAAUGCAGCUCCGAAUGGUACCCGUUCUUACUACAGGCGUACAGUGGGGAUUUACUCCACCAGAGUUGCUCGUAAUAAAUGGCAGUGCCUUGAGAGACGAAUCUGUGACAUCAUCAUGCAGAGGAUGACCAUCUCAAAUAUGGAGGCCGACAUGAACCGCCUUCUCAAGCAACGAGAGGAACUGACCAAGCGGAAGGAGAAGGUCCUCAGAAAGAAGGACCGUUUGACCAGGGAGGGGGCAGAGUUAGAGAAGGCGGUGCCUCCCCUCAACGAAGAAGUGGACGCGUUGACGGCCAACAUCGACUACAUCAAUGACAGCAUCGCAGAUUGUCAGGCCAACAUUAUGCAGAUGGAGGAAACCAAGGAGGAGGGUGACACAUUGGACAUCUCUGCUGUGAUAGGUUCAUGUACUCUGGGAGAGUCUCGUUUCCUUCUCGAUCACUUCAUGACAAUGGCCAUAAAUAAGGGUCUGCAGGCAGCACAGAAAGAGUCCCAGGUGAAGGUGAUGGAGGGCAGGCUGAAGCAGACCGAGAUCACCAGUGCCACACAGAAUCAGCUGCUCUUCCAUAUGCUGAAGGAGAAAGCAGAGUUCAACCCGGAGCUGGAUGCCCUGCUGGGGAAUGCUCUGCAAGAGCUAGGUAACAUCCCAGCUGAAAAUGGGGAUGAUAGCAGCAGUGAUGAGUCUGCUCAGAGCCCUUCAGCAGAGGGGACCACUUUAGCGUCAGACCUCAUGAAACUAUGUGGAGAAACCAAAACCAGGAAUAAGGCUCGAAGGAGGACCACCACUCAGAUGGAGUUGCUGUAUGCAAAUUCUGACUCUGUCCCCGAGGCGCCAACCGCGGACUUCUCCAGUCCAAUGCUGCUGUUAGCAGAAACACCAGAUGGAGGAGGAGACAUGGACACAUCAGGCUCAUCAGUCAGGGACUACACAGCUCUCUCCCCUGGCUUUUCCUCUAAAAUGGGCAGCAUUUCUGGCUCCAGAACAUCACCAGCGUUGGAAAAGCGAACUCCGGAGCCUUCCCCACUCUCUCGCAGGAAGACGUAUGACAGGGCGCAUGCAGCAGCCGACAGGGCAAAGGUCAAGGAGAUUAAACAGAAUAAUGGAUGUCUCCACUCGUCCUCCAGCCGCUUACAACGAGCUGUUUCACAUCCUCGCUCCGACCCAGCAAAGGGCGUCAUUAACCCUGUGCCAUCCACCAAGAGCAGUCGUUCAGCGACAUUGCAGUGUGUCCAUGUGGCAGAGGGACAUACCAAAGCUGUUCUUUGUGUGGACUGCACUGAUGACCUUCUCUUCACUGGAUCCAAAGACCGGACGUGUAAGGUGUGGAACCUGGUGACCGGUCAGGAGAUAAUGUCACUUGCUGGUCACCCCAACAAUGUGGUGUCGGUCCGCUACAGCUCCAGUUUAGUCUUCACUGUGUCGACCUCCUGCAUCAAAGUCUGGGACAUCCGUGACUCGGCCAAGUGCAUCCGUACACUGACGUCUUCUGGUCAGGUAAACGUUGGGGACAUCUCUGCAUCGAACACCAGUCGAACUGUCACCAUCCCACCCGGCGAGAACCAGAUCAACGAGAUUGCUCUCAACCCCAACGGGUCAGUUCUCUACGCGGCUGCUGGCAACUCGGUCAGAGUCUGGGAUCUGAGGAGAUUUGCAUCCACUGGUAAACUUACUGGUCAUCUUGGCCCCGUAAUGUGUCUGACCGUGGAUCAGUCCGGAAGCAACCAAGACCUGGUGAUCACGGGGUCCAAGGAUCAUUACAUUAAGCUGUUUGAAGUGACCGAGUGCUCGUUGGGGAGCAUCGGCCCAACACACAACUUUGAACCUCCACAUUAUGAUGGUAUCGAGUCACUGGUGGUGCAGGGAGACUUUUUCUUCAGCGGCUCUCGAGACAACGGCAUCAAGAAGUGGGACCUGGACCGCAAAGACCUGCUGCAGCAAGUCCCAAACGCUCAUCGUGACUGGGUGUGUGCACUCGGAGUGGUUCCCGGCUCUCCGGCCCUGCUCAGCGGCUGCAGAGGAGGAGUGCUCAAGCUGUGGCACACGGACACAUUAGGGGCACUGGGGGAGCUCAAGGGUCACGAGAGCCCAAUCAACAGCAUCUCUACCAACAGCAGCCACCUGUUCACUGCAUCAGAUGACCGCACCGUGAAGAUCUGGCGUGCGCGUGGCGGACUGGACAGCACCUCAGAAGUGGUUGACAAUGCGGAUGAGGUGGCCAGCAAUUAAACACAGCGCCUCCUCUGGAAAGACACUGACAGCAUCUUCUGAUGCUGCUUCCCUGCACUUUGACCCACAAACCAAACCACUGAAUCCCCGACGCUCACUCCUUCAACAUCCGCCUUCAUUGCCCUGUAAACUUUUAUGACAGGAGGAAACUAAUGUCAUCUCAAACUUACUCUGUGUUCUCAGAGGGAUUCGCUAUAAUCACGUUUAGUCCUCUGUGCUGUUAGUGAGUCUUUGCAGUCGGAAAUGUUUUCUCUCUUUUCCACUGCAGACAGUUAACAUUUAAGUAGGUGUUUAACACAACUUUCCUGUGUAUUAAGUGCUAUGCCAGGAAACUCUACAUUUAUAAAACACACACUAAUGUGUUGUUGCUAGAUUAGGUAAAAGUAAACUGGAGGACGUUUAGUGUAGAGGAGGAAAAAAGGUGGCAGAGCUAACCGGUUGGUAGCUGGUCUUCACAACCCAGUUCUCCAGUGUCUUGGGAUGGUUUCUCGACACUUGAAGCAGGACCAAUGUCUCCACGCCCCCUUUUCCACUUUAACUAUCAAGUGUCUUCAUGGGAAAAAGACGAAUCACCAUUCCCCGAUUUUCCCCUCCUCACUUGUAGACGUCACUGUCCUGCACACACUUAAAAGUAAACUGCACCACAUUUUGCUUUCUCGCCGACUGUGAGAUGAGAAGAUUAUUACUCAGCUCAUAUCUGUCAUGUGUCAGUGUGGUAAAUGUAAGAGAACAGCCUGAGCUUAGCAUGGAGUAACAGCUAGCCUGUUGACACUGAAUGUCUUUUCAGCCUCAUUUCUAUAAAAACCUGUGUUAGAAAUUGUGUAGGCACAGGAUUGUUUUCCCCGCCCACUCUCUGUUUACUCUGUUUUUGGUCUGAAAUGUAUGGAUUUUGAUUAAUGCUAAGCUAAUUGGCUGCCGGCUGUAGCUUUUAUAUCUACUGUUCAAGAGUGGUGUUGAUCUCCUCGUCUUAACUAUCAGGUAGAAAACAAUGUAUUUCCUUGAACUCUCGAGCACUUGUGAAAACAGACACGAUCAGUAUUUGACACUUAGUCGUUUGAACACAUGAGCGGGUUCAGAUUUUGAGAAUGUUCUACGCUUGUCCGUGUUUGACGUCAUAUAAAAAUGUAUGUUUGCUUCUUCACACUCACUGAACUUACACUACUGUGUCAUUGUCUAACUUCCUGUGCCACUAAGUCAUGUGCUCACCUCCUUCCACCCUUUAAGAGGGCUGCUAGUCGUGGACUCCAGGUGAAGUCCGCCUGCUACCGUAGCAGUGUGUAUGUACAGUAUAUACAAUUUUAAUGUCUUUUGAGUGGCAGGGCCGUCAGAUUCUGUCUGAUUUGUGAGCCUGACCAUGUUGACUGACAUCUGUCUCCCAGUUCUGAUCCUCGUGGGGCCUUUCUGGAGACACUCACAGUCUCCCUCGUAUAACCAAUCUGUCUGUCAGGAUUGUGUGCUGUCACUUUUGAAUGUUCUGUGAAACAGCGGCUAUAGGAACUUUUCAAAUACAUAAUUAAUGUAUGUAAACUAAAGAAACCUGACUGAAUGGGAGUUUUGUGGGACCACUGAUCUGAACACGGCCUCUUCUGAGAGCCGCUAGGACCAGGAUUGGCAGGGGCACUGAUGAGCAGCAUCUUUUAUGUUUCGAUGGCCUAAGGUUAUUAUUAUAGUUAUUAUUAUUAUUGUUAUUUUUGCGUUAUUUUGUUUGUUGUGCCGUUACCCUGUUCCACAGUGUGGGCUUUUCCUGUGGAAUUUUGGUAGCCACUCCUGUGGCAGGCUGUAGCGAUUCUAAUGUCAGAUGCCUGGUGAGAAUAAAUGUCAUCUGUCAAAAACAA